AUGAGAAAUAUGCAGUUGUCAUAUUUCCUUGCAUUCGUUGCCUUGUUGGCGACUGUUCGUGCACACGGCAGGGUGGUGGAGCCCGCAUCUCGAGCUUCGGCCUGGCGUGCCGGCUUCGGCACGAGAAUCAACUACGACGACGACGGCAACAACUGCGGCGGCUUCCAUCGUCAAUGGGAAACUAAUAAUGGAAAAUGUGGCAUUUGUGGCGAUCCAUACGAUGAUUCGCCUCCUCGGCCGCACGAGUUGGGCGGUGCCUACGGUAAUGGCGUCAUCGUUGCGAAGUACUCCUCGGGACAGGUCAUCGACACCACCGUCGAGAUAACCGCCUACCACCGCGGCUAUUGGGAAUUCAAACUAUGCACCGACCCCAGCAAUAACGAACAGGAAUGCUUCGAGAAAUACCUCCUGGAAUUAGAAGAUGGCGGCACAAAGUAUUACCCGAAGAGCAGUGGUCGUUACAACGUGAGGUAUCGGCUUCCUGAGGGGGUCUCGUGUGAGCAUUGCGUCCUACAAUGGACGUACACAGCCGGUAACAACUGGGGUGUUUGCCCCAACGGAACUGGAGCUCUGGGAUGCGGGAAUCAGGAGACAUUCUGGGCAUGCACGGAUGUUUCGAUUAAGCCCGUUGAAGCUUCAGUAUCUGGAAUGAGCUUACCGAUCCGCGUAGCUGAUGAUAAAUGA